GGGUUUGGGAUUUUGGGGCUUGGGUAGUUGGAAAGCUUUGGGUUUUGAUAAUUUAGUGGGCUCAAUUGAAAUGGGUUGGUGUUGGGUUUGUAAAUUCAUUUUGAUGAACUUCACCCCUCUAACUUUUAAUUUCUUCAAUUGAGUCUCUUCUUUCUUCUUCUUGACUUUUCCAAUUUCUUUUUGCAUGCGGCAGUGUUGAAGAGCUUGAAGGCAAGCUCUAAGGUGCCCUUAAUUCGUUUGUCGCUGACAUGCAUAAGGCCAUGGACGAGUUUCGCGGGUCCAUUGCAGUAGAGGUGAGCGCAAUGAAGGCGGAGCUCAGUGAGGUCAAGGGGGACCUAGCCUUGUGCAAGGCCGCCAUAGCCGCUGGCAUUGCAGUUGGCGGUGCGCCCAGCGUGGCACCCAAGCUGAAGGUGCCUGAGCCGCCCAAAUAUGGAGGUAAGUGUGACUCUAAAGAACUCAAUAAUUUCUUAUGGAUGGUUGAAAGCUAUUUAGAUGCUAUGAAUAUUUCCGAUGAUUUUACGAAAAUUCGUAUGGCAACCAUGUAUUUUGAGCAUGAUGCCACCCUAUGGUGGAGACGCCGACAUGCUGAGAUGCAACGAGGCUUAUGCAACAUCAACACUUGGGAGGUGUUCAAAGGGGAGUUCCGUAAGCAAUUCUACCCCGAGAAUGUUGAAGAGGCAGCCAUGAAGAAGCUUCGUGUGCUCAAACAUACGGGGUUGAUCAAGGACUACAUCAAGGAGUACAACUCCUUAAUGCUUAAGAUCCCCGAUAUGACUGAGAAGAAUUGGCUCUUCUACUUCAUGGAUGGACUACAGUGGUGGGUCGAGCAAGAACUGAAGCGCCGUGGCAUUCAAGACCUUGCGAUUGCCGAAUCACUUAUCGAGUUCAAUAAGGAACCUCCUAAGAGAGGCAAAGACAAGAAGGGUGGCUCAAGCAAAGGUGGGGGAGACAAACCGCACAAGGCCUCCAAGCCUUUCAAGGGCCCAGAGAAGGCAAGUGUUGGCAGCAAGAUGCAACCCAAGAGCGGGGGUGACGCCAAGGCCCGUGCCAUGGCUGAACAGAAGGGUGUCGGCAAGACCCUCAAAUAUGUUACUGUCAAGAUCAAAGGGGUAAGCGUCCGUGCUCUGUUAGAUACUGGCGCUAACCAAAAUUUGAUUGUAGUAAGCCUUGCGGAGAAGCUGGGCCUGCCAUACACCAAGGAACCAGGAUGGGUGAAGGUGGUCAACAAUCCUUCUCAGUCCAUCUGUGGCGUUGCAUGCAGAGAGUCCGUGCAGAUAGGCUCAUGGUCAAGGAAGGUUGACUUGAACGUCAUAACCAUGAACGACUUUAAGCUGGUGUUGGGUGGUGAGUUUAUCGACCAACUAUUGCCUUUCACCUUCACCAAAGAUGGUUGCAUACGCUUUGAGGACGGGAACGAGAGUCACAAGGUGCCCUUGGAGUGGCUACCCGCUGGAGACCACGUCCUUUCAGCUAUACAAGUAUCCAGAGGCAUCAAACGAGAUGUGAUGCCCCCGGAGUUGCUAAAGAAACUUCCACCACGAAGGGAGGUCGACCAUGCCAUUGAGCUGGAGCUUGGUUCGAAACCGCCAGCAAUGGGUCCAUACCGCAUGGCUCCACCUGAGUUGGAGGAACUCCGGAAGCAACUCAAAGAGCUACUAGAUGCGGGGUUCAUUCGUCCCUCCAAAACACCCUAUAGAACGCUAGUGUUGUUCCAGAAGAAGCAUGACGUGACCCUUCGCAUGUCGAGGUAUUGGCAAGUGAGAAUAGCUGAAGGGGACGAGGCCAAGACCACCUGUGUGACGCGUUACGGUGCAUACGAGUUCCUAAUGAUGCCUUUCGGUCUCACUAAUGCUCCAGCCACUUUCUGCACCUUGAUGACCAAAGUCGUCCACCCAUUCCUUAACAAAUUCGUGGUGGUAUACCUGAACGACAUUGUUGUCUACAACGAGACACUGGAGGAGCAUGUGCAACAUCUUCGACAAGUUUUCCAAGUAUUGCGCGAGAAUGAGCUCUAUGUGAAACUGGAGAAAUACUUAUUUGCGCAACAGGAUGUGAUGUUCCUAGGCCAUCGGGUAGGCCACGGGAAGAUAUUGAUGGCCUCGGCCAAAGUGCAUGCCAUCCAAGAGUGGGAGCCUCCUAGCUCAGUCCCCGAGCUGCGAUCAUUCCUUGGCCUAAUCAACUACUAUCGUCCGUUCAUCCAGGGGUAUUCGGCAAGGGCCACACCCUUGACAGACUUGCUCAAGAAAAAGAUGCACACUGACGCGUUCGACUUGGCGAUCGGAGGAGUCUUGAUGCAAGACGGCCAUCCCAUAGCGUUUAAGAGCCACAAGCUCAAUGACACGGAGAGGCGGUACCUGGUGCAUGACAAGGAGAUGACCGCCAUUGUCCAUUGCUUGCGAGUAUGGCGUCAUUACUUGCUUGGGAGCAGGUUCGUGAUUAAGACUGAUAAUGUAGCUAUGAACUACUUCCAAAGGCAGAAGAAGCUCAUGCCUAAGCAAGCAAGAUGGCAAGACUUCUUGGUCGAAUUUGACUAUGUGAUAGAGUACAAGCCUGAGCAGGCUAAUGUUGUGGCAGACGUGCUGAGCCGCAAGGUUACAUUCACCUCCAUCAAUCGACCUGAGAGUGACAUAUUGGAUCGUGUCAAGGAGGGCCUAGCACAUGAUCCCUUCGCCAAGAGUCUUAUGGAGCUGGCUCUGGGAGAAUUUACGACAGGAGCUGAUGAAGGAGUGCCAAGACUCGAGCGAUCGGGAUCCAAGGUUCACGGGGAAGCUUUGGAGGGAACUCUUCAAGCUCAUGGGAUCAGACCUCCACUUCUCUACGAGCUUUCAUCCGUAGACGGAUGGGCAAACGGAGCGGGUGAACGCACUACUGGAGCUAUAUUUGCGACAUUUUGCCUCCAAAAAGAUGAAGAAGUGGGCAGACAAAGAGCGAGAGCCGCUGGAAUUCCGAGUGGGCAACCUUGUGAUGGAAAGGUGUCUUACCGUGUCGAUCUUCCACCAAAGCUGAAGAUACACCCAGUAUUCCAUGUGAGCAUGCUCAAGCCAUUCCACGGAGACCAUGAGGAUCCAGCACAAGGAGUGUCACAACGAGCCCCACCAAGUACUUGGUCAAGUGGAAGGAUCAGCUCGAUGACGAGGCCAACUAGGAACGCGAGGAAGACCUGUGGCAGUUCACGAGCGCCAUUGAGGCCUACAAGACCAGGAAGCUUGACGAGGGCGUCAAGAGCUUUGGUGGGGGAGAGUGUCACGGACCGCGAGCUCAGACGCCCAAAAAAAGGGUCCCAAUGCCAAGGUCGCGGUGCAACGUCGCGGACUCGACGGCCUGGCGCACUUGCGCCGAACGUUUUGAUGGCACGGCCGCAAGCAAGUACGGUAUUGACGCCCAAGCGCGAACUAGAAUCGCGCGGAAGUUUCCAGAAGCAACCUGUGAGCAAGGAUAAGGACCAAAACAGUAGUUUGAAAUGGGCUUUAUGGGCCUGGGCUGCAUGUAGAAAAUUCUAGAGCCUUGUACAUAAUUCUAGAGUAAGGAGAAUUCUAGAAUUAGGCUAAAAUGGAGGAUUUGACGGUGUUCUUGAAAGUGUAAAAUAUGAGGACUUUUUGGGAAUGCUCUAGAACCUCUACCUGGGGUAGCUGGCCUCAUCUAUAAAUAGGAGGAGCCUCAGAAAGCAGAGGGUGCUUAGCCAAGCAUUUACCCAAGCUCUUGUAAAUUUUCCUUGCAUUUAAUAAACUCUCAUUUUCUCC